CUCCAGGCCCCACCCCCCGGUGCGGGAGAGGUGGUUUCCGAGGCCGCUGCACCUGGCUAAAUCCGGGGGACGGGGGCGCGCAGUCACCUCGCGGCCGUCCAGGCUUAUAAGGCUGCCUGCAGAGGUUUGGAAAAUGGCAACAAAUGAAAGUGUUAGCAUCUUUAGCUCAGCGUCCUUGGCUGUGGAAUAUGUAGAUUCUCUUUUACCGGAGAAUCCUCUGCAAGAACCAUUUAAGAAUGCUUGGAACUAUAUGUUGGAUAAUUAUACGAAGUUUCAGAUUGCAACAUGGGGAUCCCUUGUAGUUCAUGAAUUGCUUUAUUUCUUGUUCUGUUUACCUGGAUUUUUAUUUCAAUUUAUACCUUUUAUGAAAAAGUACAAAAUUCAGAAGGAUAAACCAGAAACAUUUGAAAACCAGUGGAAAUGUUUUAAAGUACUUCUCUUUAACCACUUUUUUAUCCAGCUGCCAUUGAUUUGUGGAACCUAUUAUUUUACAGAAUUUUUUAACAUUCCUUAUGAUUGGGAAAGAAUGCCAAGAUGGUACUGGAUUUUGGCACGAUGCUUUGGCUGUGCAGUCAUUGAGGACACCUGGCACUAUUUCCUGCAUAGACUCUUACACCACAAGAGAAUAUAUAAAUAUAUUCACAAAAUUCAUCAUGAGUUUCAGGCUCCAUUUGGAAUGGAAGCUGAAUAUGCACACCCUUUGGAAACCCUAAUUCUUGGAACUGGAUUUUUCAUUGGAAUCUUGCUUUUGUGUGAUCAUGUAAUUCUUCUUUGGGCGUGGGUGACUGUUCGUUUGAUAGAAACCAUUGAUGUCCAUAGUGGUUACGAUAUUCCGCUCAACCCUUUGAAUUUCAUCCCCUUCUACGCGGGUUCUCGGCAUCAUGAUUUCCACCACAUGAACUUCAUCGGAAACUACGCUUCCACAUUCACGUGGUGGGACAGGAUUUUUGGGACGGACUGUCAGUUCCAUGCCUAUUACGAAAAGAAGAAGCUGGAGAAAAAAACUGAAUGAGCAUCUCCUGUAAAUCUUCUGAACAGCAUAUUUUCCCGAAUGAAACUAGUGGCUAACAUCGCUUCUAGGGAGCAGAAACAAGUAUGUGUCUUGGCUGCUACAUGACAGAAAGAACAUUAACCACCUUUAAUCAUCUUCCUUAGCGGGACCUUUUUCUACUUUACAUACAAGUCUGUAUACGCCGAAAUAGACACGUAUCUAUUUAAGUAGUCUUCGCAAGAAGUUUUAAAGGCCUCUUUGCUAGCCUCACUGAAAGGUCGUACGUAACAGCAAAAGUAUUAACCCGAGUCUUGCCCCAGCAAUACCGUAGGCCUGAAGUCAACACUGGUCUUUAAAUCUUUUAGAUACACACUGGUAAUUUUCAGAAAAUCCUGGAGAGUGGGGUUGGCCUUGUAUUCAGCUUUUUUAGAAUUUGCCUGAGGAGCAGAAUGCCAUGGCUUGGACCACAGUGGUUGAAGGAGUUGAGUGACUGAAGCUGCCAGGCGAGAGCCUCGCGCCUGCUUGGGGUGACCACUCUGGGGUGACUUCCUCUGAAGAGCCACGUGUGACUGAAACGUGCUACUGGCAUCUGGAAAUUAAGGCAGUUCUGAAUUGAUGUAAAUGGAAUAUUUUAGUCUAAAGGUUUUCCAAAGUACUUGAAUUUUUUUAAAAAUUGAGGAGCUUUAUUUCCACUAUAUACCCUUUCGUUUUGGUAUAUCAGGUUUUCAAUAUACUUAAAGCUGUAUCUUGAAACUUUGUGAAUUGACUUGCUGUAUUUGCACUUUGAGCUAUUGAAAUAAAUGUGAUUUUUUGUCUGAGUA